UUUGGCCCUGACGGCUUCAACACGCUUACUUUCGUUUCUCCCUGUCGACCGGCGCGCAUCUGGACUGCCUGGAAGCAUAAAAGCGAUCGGCUGUCUGCGGCAUUUCCUCUGUGAUGCAAAUGUUACCAAUGCGGUCUAUGAUAUUACCCAAGUGUUGAAGGGUGAUAUAUCCGUCUUCGGGCGAAUAGACCGGACGUUUUCGUGUUUGAAUAACUCUGGUCUGGUAUUGAUUUUUGAUCAUGGUUAAUAUGAAGUUCAGUUUAUGGAGCCAAAUUGGACUCCAAUUCUUUGAGUUUCUGAAGGAGAAUAAUCAAGCAUCCAUCGAAGACAGACUUCAACUAAAACGCAUUUACACUGACUUCAGGGGAAGGAAUGCAGACACCAAAUGCCCAAACUUUGGUUCAGUUCUCUAUGCCCUGAAAGUGUCCGGCAAAAUAACAAGACGAGGAGACACCAUUCGGUUUAACUCCGAGGUCAGAGGUCUUUAUGAGGACCAGUGGCACACACCCAGGGGCCGUCAGCCACAGGCUGUGCGGAACGGGGUGGCCAGUCCACUGCCAGUACAGACCUUCACCUCCCCAGAUGCAGCAGAGACGGGAGUUCGAGACCGAAGGAACUUGGCCAGAUGUCUGCUGGACAAACUGGAGACAGAUAGAGCUCAGUUAAUCUCUGACAAACAUGGUAUCUGUAUCACCUCCGAGCACCAGUUUGAGAACGGGAAACUUUGCUUGUGCGUGGAAGACACAUAUGAGUACAUGGUAACUCUGAAUGUACAAAACACUGGAACAAAACCUGUGUAUUUCAUGUACUACACCCCACUGUACUGGCCCGAAUUCUUAAAUCUGGUGGAUGAGCACAAAGUGACCAAAGCAAACCCUCUGCUACUUCAACCAGGUGACGGCUAUGAAAUCAAGGUUUACUUCUGCUGCAGAUGGGUUGGUUUCUAUUCAGCUACACUGGCAUUUGAAUUCAGACCAGACCUGCAGCCCUCCUCCACUGCAUUCCACAUUGUGCGCUUUAUCGAGGCUCAGUGUAUAACUUCCUUAGGACUGGAGCUGGCACCUACAGCACCCUACAAACCUCGGUCCCUCCCUGAAUGGAUCCCUAAAGUUAACUUCAAAACCAUGCAUGGGCAGCGACCUGAUGGGCUGUCAAAGAUGUGUCGUCAAAAUGCAUUUAAGCUAAAAAUGUAUCCAAUACCACCAUAUAUGAAAAAGCUCAUCAAGGCACUGAAGAAGUCUACUCCCCUCACUGAUAAAAGAAUGGUGUUGCUGGAAAGUCCCUUGAGCUGGGGGCACUACAGGGACAAGUUGCAGCUGCUGCUGUAUCUGGAGGAGCUUCAGAAGGAGGUGGACAUCAGGAGAUACAACAUCCCCAACAAUGAACAAAAACACGCUGUCAUGUCCAGAGACAAGGUCAACAAGACACUUCUUGUUCUGGAGGUACCUGGUUUGUCUGAGAAACGCCCCUCUCUGCUACAAGGAGAUGAGCUACUGGUUUGUCCCAUAGGAGAAACAGGGGUGAAGUACCGUGGCUACAUCCACAGUGUGGAGCUGGAAAGCGUCAAACUGAGCUUCAGCCCAGAAUUGUUGGAUCACUUUGUAGACAGCAUGAAGUUCAGCGUUGAGUUCUGUUUACACCGCCUGACUCUGCGUAUUCAGCACAGAGCAGCAGAACUGGCAACUAAACACAGACUGGGAAAGGUGUUGUUCCCUGCUGCACCCUCCUACUCCCCUCAGCAAACUGAGCUUCCCAACCUCAGGCUGUUUGACUCGCAGCUGGAGAAAAACCCAGAGCAGUAUCAAGCAGUACAACACAUCGUAGCUGGCUCGUCCAAACCUGCCCCUUACCUGGUGUUUGGCCCACCUGGAACAGGCAAAACUGUGACUCUGGUGGAGGCCAUUAAGCAGAUAGAGAAGACCCAGGCCUCCUGCCACAUCCUGGCCUGCGCUCCCUGCAACAGUGCUGCUGAUCUGCUCUGCGAGAUGAUUCUGGUCCACGUGGAUCGGCAUAAAGUGUACCGCAUGUACGCCAAUAGCUGUGACCCAAAAGGUGUCCCUGAACGGUUAAAGGAAUGCUCAAACCUGGAAGGGCAGAGUUACGAUCAUCCUCUUAAAAAGAAGCUGAUGGAGUAUAGGAUCAUGGUCACCACCCUAUUCACUGCUGGAAGGCUGGUCGUAAGAGGUGUUCCUCCAGGACAUUUCAGUCACGUGUUUGUGGACGAGGCAGGUCACGCUGCGGAGACUCAAUGUUUAAUACCACUAGCAGGGCUGCUCCAUGCAGAGACUGGUCAGGUUGUUCUGGCUGGAGAUCCCAAACAGCUCGGACCCAUUCUCCAAUCCCCUUUUGCACUGAAAUACGGCAUGGGUGUUUCCCUCUUGGAGCGCAUGAUGAAUGAUUUCUCUCUGUACCAGAAGGACGAGGGCGUGUUCAACAAUCGCUUUGUCACCAAACUGCUGCGCAACUACAGGUCCCAUCCUGCCAUUCUGGAAAUUCCCAACGAGCUCUUCUAUGAAAGAGAGCUGCUGUAUCACGCGGACAAAAAAAUGCGCAACUCCUGCUGCAAUUGGGAACACCUCCCGGAGAGGGACUUCCCAUUGAUCUUCCAUGGGGUCUCCGGUGUUGACGAGCGCGAGGCCAGCAGUCCUUCAUUCUUCAACAAAGCAGAGGUAGAGGUGCUGAUGGACUAUGUGAAGAAACUGCUGCAAACGCAGCCCAAGAAGGGCCAGAGUACCAUAUCAGCCGCAGACAUAGGCAUCAUCGCCCCCUACAGGAAACAGGUGCAGAAAAUCCGUAUGGCCCUGGAAAAAGUUGGAAACGACCUCAAAAUUAAGGACAUCCAUGAGCUUAAGGUUGGUUCGGUGGAGGAGUUCCAAGGUCAAGAGAAGAGAGUCAUCAUGGUGUCUACAGUUCGGAGCAGCCGCAAUUAUGAUUUUGACAAACAGUUCAACCUGGGCUUUGUUAGGAAUGAAAAGAGAUUCAAUGUGGCUGUGACUCGAGCCAAAGCCCUGCUGAUUGUGGUGGGAAACCCCAGAGUGCUGAACACAGAUCCUAUCUGGAACCGCUUCAUCCAGUACUGUAGCGACAGACGAGGCUGCACUGGCAUUUUUUUAUGAAGAAGAAGUAGAGGACGUGGUGGCGAGACUUGCCGCUCUCUACAUCGCGAUUGUGCCUCAAGUGGAGACUGCAGAGAGUGUCGUUCAGCAGCAACAUGACCCCGAGUGGAGGAACGAACUGUGAACAAAAGGAGAGCCCAAACUUCCGUCUUUAUCAAUUAAAGGGAUUCAUUUUGUUUCUAGUUGGGUAUAUUUCUUCACCAGACACCUGAAACAAAAGGUGCAUAAAAACCUUUCCACAUUUGUACUGAAAUUUUCCUGAAAGGGCUCAAUGGUACCUUUCCAUAUUAAAAGAUGUGUGACACAACCAGUAAUCACAUGGAAAAAAUAACAAAAUAAUCUUUAAUGUCAGGUUAUUGCAUUAUUGCAUUACUUAUAGAAAUUUUACCAGUGACCAUGAUGGAAAAGUUUGUCUUUGGCUAAUUCAGUGGGCUGCACUAACACCACUUUCAAACAGUUUUACGUGAAAGAUACAAAUGCUGUCAUUACCAAACAAAGAUUUCUAAAGUGUCCAUCUAUGGCUUGUUAUUCGACAGGUUUUAACGUUUCUCAAUCAUCACUGCUCUUUUACAGUCAUGAUGUUUUAUGAUGAUUUGUUGCUUUACUGAAACAACUGUACAGCAGGUUAAAUCCAUAUAUCGAGAAUAUCUAUUUUUGAAUGACAAUUACCUAGCACAGGUAUUUUUUUAUAUUUUAACCAAAUGAAAAAUGUGUAUAGCGUAUAUGUAUUUUGAACAGUUUGGUAUUUUCUGAAUUUAAAAAAAAAAAAAAAAAAAAAAAAAAAAAAAAUCGAAACUAAAAGCGCAUUCAUUCAAACCAGAGUUACAAAUAGUUUUGAUGAUUUGGAAUUUGUUGGUUUUAGUUUUCAGUGGAAGUGGGGUUUUGGUUUCCUGUUAAAUGGCAAAAAUUACACUCAGAUUCUAAUACCAAAUGGAAAUGAAUGUUAACUAAUUCCUGUCUGGAGAUAGAAAAACACAAAUGUAACAUGCUGUGAUUUACUUUAGAAAUAGU